AUGGACCAGUUACCGGAUUCCGGACUUCGACAAAGGAAGAAGUUCACUGUUGAUGAGACGAUUAAGUCUUUUGAUGCCUUUAACAAGGUCGUGGAGUCCGUUCAAGAGGAGAAAACUGCGACAAAUGGCAUAAGUAAGUUCUUAUCUAUAUUACAUUAAUUUAUUUUUAGUUACUGUUUGCUCAUUUAUCUUAAUCUUUGUGUUAUGUGCUUUGCAAUGUUACGAAUACUACUUUGAUGAUGAUGUGGAAUAUAAAUUCUCGGUUGACACGAAUUUCGACGAGUAAGUUUGCUUCCUUGUUUUGUAUGAUGUUUGCAAGUUUAGAAGGCCCAAUUUGGACUUGGACAUUAUUGUAAAUACGCCAUGUGGAGGUCUGAAUGUUAUGGUUGUUAGUCACAGUAGUGCACACAAGAAAACUCCAGAAGAUGGGAUUAGAAAGGAGCCUAGUCGGUUUGAGAUGGAUACAAAUGAACAAAAGUUGUGGAGUAUACUUCAGUCAGCUCAUAAAGAACAGUUUAAACCGGGCACAAAAUUGAAAGCACUUGGAGAUGUUAGUAUAUUCAAGGCUUUGUAUUAUACAUACUUGCCAUUAAUGUUGGUGAAACAUUUAAAAAGCGUCUAAAUUCACUUUAAAAGCGUAUGUUAAUUAAAAUUUUAUAGAUGUCAUACGUAAGCAGUAGUGUAGAAGCUGGCUUACGAGAUAUAGCCAAAGACAAGGUUAAAGAAGAGGAGAUUGACAUUAAAAAGCAAAGGAAAGCUAAUGGCAACAAGGGACAAGAGUCUGGUCAUGUCGUGAUGAUGAUUGGCAAUGGCAUGGGGAUGUUCCAGCUUAUUUCUGGUAAGUUAGUUGUUAUAUUGUUCUUUCACAUUUAGGCAAGCUCUCUAAGUUUAUAAUCAUAAGGUUAUUGAGUAUAAACUUUAAAAUUUGCUUUAUAUUCAUCUAAACAUCCACAAUUGUUAAAUUUCUUUUUUGAAAAACCUAACUGUGUUUAACGUAAUAUUUCCAGCAAACGGAGGAGCCAACGAAGGUCAUGCUUGCCGGUUAGUUGGGAAAAUACCUGUGCUAAAAGGUGAUGAUGAUAGGAUUGUCAUAUCCUCGUCAAAUGUCAUUGAUUUUGGUGCUUUUGUUGGUGAAUUUGGAGAUAACUCGAAAUCAAACUUUUCUCACAGAAUUGAACGAUUUCACUUUGGGGACCACAUCUGGGGCUUGGUUACGCCACUAGCUGGUACUGAGAAGAUAUCCACGUCUGGUAAGAGCCUUUUUAUAUUUUUUUGAGUUCAGUUUGAAGUAAAUUUACAUUGGUUAUGUUGUAAAUGGGGCUAAGCUUUUGUACUAAAAAUGAUAAAGAGUGCGUGAAUUAUGAUAAAGAGAAUGAUAAUAUAUCCCUUUUAGGUGCGACAAUGUACAAAUAUUUUGUGAAAGUGGUGCCUACCAGAAUUUAUGGACUGCUGGGAAAAUCCUCAGUUACAUAUCAGUAUUCAGUUACUUCGAUGCAACGAGAUCCACAUGAUUCAGGACAUAUUGGAAGUGGAAUAACAUUCGUCUACGAAUUCGCUGGAAACGUCAUUGAUGUGUAUCCAACACGAAUGUAAGGACUAUUUUACUGCGAAAAAUAUUUUUAUUUUUUUUUAAUUUGUAAACGACUGCUGACUGUGACUAUUUCACUAAAACUUUAUAUUAACCAUGGACUGGUCUAAUCAACUCUUUCAGGGGCUUAAUCCCGCUCUUACUACGCUUGUGCUCAGUUAUUGGCGGUGUUUUUGCAACUAGCAUUGUUAUACAGACAAUUCUUUCGUAUGCACUACAGAAGAUACGAUAUACUCCACUAUGA